GGCCGGAAAGUGUCCGGAGGAAGCCCGUGCGUCACGGGGGACGGAGCCCAGCCGGACCCUGCCGCGCCCGCCCCGCCAUCCAGGGUACAGGGUCCCGCACAGCCAGCCGCGCUCACUGCCAGCCCCACCGCCGCGGCCGCCGCCAAUGAAGCUUCUCCCGCUCCUAGUGGGUUUUUCCACUUUGUUGAAUUGUGCCCAUACUCAAAAUUGCACCAAGACACCCUGUCUCUCAAAUGCAAAAUGUGAAAUCCGCAAUGGAGUUGAAGCCUGCUACUGCAACCUGGGAUUUACAGGAAAUGGUGUCACAAUUUGUAAAGAUGAUAAUGAGUGUGGAAAUUUAACCCAGCCCUGUGGUGAAAAUGCUAACUGCACUAACACAGAGGGAAGCUAUUACUGUAUGUGUGCCCCUGGAUUUAGAUCCAGCAACAACCAAGACAGGUUUAUCACCAAUGAUGGAACCAUCUGCAUAGAAAAUGUGAAUGCAAACUGCCAUUUAGAUAAUGCCUGCAUUGCCAAAAAUAUUAAUAAAACUUUAAAAAAAAUGGGACUAAUAAAAGAACCUAUGGCUUUGUUACAAGAAGUCUAUAGAAAUUCUGUGACUGAGCUUUCACCGACGGAUGUAAUUACAUAUAUAGAAAUAUUAGCUGAAUCAUCCCCCCUACUAGGUUACAUGAAUAACACUAUCUCAGCCAAGGACACCCUUUCUAAUGCAACUCUAACUGAAUUUGUAAAAACCAUGAAUAAUUUUGUUCAAAAGGAUACAUUAAUAAUCUGGGACAAACUGUCGACGAAUCACAGGAGAGCUUAUCUUACAAAACUGAUGCAUACUGCUGAACAAGUUACAUUAAGGAUUUCUCAGAAUUUCCAAAAGAGCACUCAAUUUGAUACAAAUUCAACUGAUGUAGCUUUCAAAGUUUUCUGUUUUGAUUCAUAUCACAUGAAACAUAUUCAUCCCCAUAUGAAUGUGGACGGAGAUUAUAUAAAGAUCUUUCCAAAGAGAAAAGCUGCAUACAAUUCAGAUGGCAAUGUUGCAGUCGCAUUUUUAUAUUAUAAAAGUAUUGGCCCCUUGCUUUCAUCAUCUGACAACUUCUUAUUGGAACCUCAAUCUUCUGAUAAUUCUGAAGAGGAGGAAAGAAUCAUCUCUUCAGUCAUUUCUGUCUCAGUUAACUCAAAUCCACCCACAUUGUAUGAACUGGAAAAAAUAACAUUUACAUUAAGUCACAUAAAGAUCACAGAUAAGUAUAGGACUCAGUGUGCAUUUUGGAACUAUUCACCUGAUACCAUGAAUGGCAGCUGGUCUUUGGAGGGCUGUGAGCUGAUUUACUCAAAUGAGACCCACACCUCCUGUCGUUGUAACCACCUGACCCAUUUUGCAAUUUUGAUGUCUUCUAGUUCUUCAAUUGGCAUUAAAGAUUAUAAUAUUCUUACAAGGAUCACUCAGCUAGGAAUAAUUAUUUCACUGAUUUGUCUUGCCAUAUGCAUUUUUACCUUCUGGUUCUUCAGUGAAAUUCAAAGCACCAGGACAACAAUUCACAAAAAUCUCUGCUGUAGCCUCUUCCUUGCAGAACUUGUUUUUCUUGUUGGAAUCAAUACAAAUACUAAUAAGCUCUUCUGUUCAAUCAUUGCUGGGCUGCUUCAUUACUUCUUCUUAGCUGCCUUUGCAUGGAUGUGUAUUGAAGGCAUACACCUCUAUCUCAUUGUUGUGGGAGUUAUCUACAACAAGGGAUUUUUGCACAAGAAUUUUUAUAUCUUUGGCUAUCUCAGCCCAGCUGUAGUGGUUGGAUUUUCGGCAGCAUUAGGAUAUAGAUAUUAUGGCACCACCAAAGUAUGUUGGCUUAGCACAGAAAACAACUUUAUUUGGAGUUUCAUAGGACCAGCAUGUCUAAUCAUUCUUGUUAACCUCUUGGCUUUUGGAGUUAUCAUAUACAAAGUCUUUCGUCACACUGCUGGGUUAAAACCAGAAGUUAGUUGCUAUGAGAACAUAAGGUCCUGUGCAAGAGGCGCCCUUGCUCUGCUGUUCCUUCUUGGCACUACCUGGAUCUUUGGGGUUCUCCAUGUAGUGCAUGCAUCUGUGGUCACAGCUUACCUCUUCACAGUCAGCAAUGCCUUCCAGGGCAUGUUCAUUUUCUUAUUCCUGUGUGUUUUAUCUAGAAAGAUUCAAGAAGAGUAUUAUAGAUUGUUCAAAAAUGUCCCUUGUUGUUUUGGAUGUUUAAGGUAAACAUGGAGAAUUAUGGAUGAUAAUAGCUGAAGGAAACCAAAAAUCCAAGCUAUGGAUGACCAAUGCAUAAAAAUGACUCAGUCCUAUUCGCCAGUGAUUAAUCAUUAGAUGAUCACAAUUUUUAAAUCACUUUUUCUGUUUACAGUCUAAGAAAUAUAGAUAAUAGGAGAUAAAAUAACAUACCAUGUAGUUAUAGUAUGUUUUCCCACAUGCCUUAGUUAGUUAUGUCAAAAAUAGUAUUGCAGAUAUUUGGAAAGUAAUUGGUUUCUCAGGAGUGAUAUCACUGUGCCCAAGGAAAGAUUUUCUUUCUAACACAAGAAAUAUAUGAAUGUCCUGAAGGAAACCACUAGUUUGAUAUUUUUGUGACUCAUGUUGCCUUUGAAACUAGUCCCCUACCACCUUGGUAAUAAGCUCCGUUACAGAAAAAGGAACAUAAGAGAAUGAAGGGGCAGAAUAUCAAUCAGCAAAAAGGAAAUGGCUGUUGUAACAGUGAAAUGUACUUUGAAUAAACAUGCUUUUCUGUAAACUAGAUGAGAGACUUUUGAGAUAAAAUAAAUAAUUGAAUAAAAAUCUCUUACCAUUUUGUGAAUUGCUCUGAACUUAAAAUUUCUACGAAAACAACUUAGACCUCUAUUUGCUAUAUCCAUUUUCUUUUAUAAUAUUCUAAGAAAUAA